AUGAACUUGCAACGGACGCGCGGCUUGGCGCAAGGGGCGCUGGGGGGCGGUGUGGGGCGUCGCCUGCGCCAACUCAAUCAUAAGAAAUUACACAAAACGCCGGCAGCGACGGAGACCGAGACGGCAAUUGUGGCUACAUGCACGCUACUCUCCGCCAGCUCGGCUCAGUCGCUACCACGUUCUGGCGGCAGUCGCCGAAGACCAGGGCAAGCAGGCACUUCGGCCAUCGAGGAGGUCAGCGAGAAGGCCAGUGUGCCGGACCAGUUGGCAAUGGCAGCCGGCCGAGCAGAGGGACGCAACUACCAGAGACGGGGACUGGGCUCCAGGCCAAAGGAUGUGACCACUGACUACAGUUAUGGCCAGCUGGAGAUGAAUCUGAUACGGCCCGAUAGUGAGACCCCGAGGCAGCAUGCAAAAAUCAGCGCCCACUACAGCAGUAGUCUGAGCACAAACACCGGCUCAACUACAACCAUGAGCGGAGAAACGACGGCACUAGAGGAUUCACAGUCGGCGGCUGAGUACGUGGCCAAUGCCAUGAAGAUGGCUUAUGGUGCACGACUUAAGGAGCCCAUACGAAUAGCACCCAUAACUGAGCGCCAGCAGCAGCAGCAAGAACAGCAACAGCAGCAAGAACAGCAACAGCAACAAGAACUUCUUCAGGCUGAAUUGCAAGCCCAGCUCGCUCAACAAGCGCUCAUGUUGGCCCAAGAACAGCAGCAAACUAUGGAGUCAGCCAGUACUCCCUCCCAGCCAUCGCCAGCACCCGUAUAUGAGAAGGACCGUUCCUACGAUAUCUACGGUGGCUCCCAAAACGCCGCAAGUGGAUCGGACGUUGAGCGACUAUAUCGCACCAAGUAUUUCUAUCCACAACAGCAGCCGCAACUCUAUCGCAAUCUCGAGCACGAGGCCGAGGAGAAGGUGCGUGUGUCGGCCUCCACUGAAAUACCCAAGUCGGAGAUAAUGAAACAGAUCGAGAAAUCGGUCAUUAAGUACAUGCAGGAGCUGCAGGCAGAGGGCAAGAUCAUCACGACGCAGCAGGAAACGCAGCCACAAACCAAGACUUACUACAAACUGCUACCUUUACCCCUGGCCAGUGGCGGCAGCGGCAGCAGUGGGAGCAGCAAUAAUGGUGGUGGUAGUGGCAGCAGUUCGAGCGAGGAGAAGCGCUAUUCCAGCACCACGGUACGGCCAAAAUACAGCAAUCCACCACCCGCACACUCACACUCACAUCAUCUGCAGCAGUCGAAGCAGUCGAACCAUCAGUCGGCAAAGCAACAGCGCUAUCAGUCGGAGACAGAGACCGCCUACCAGGCACCCGAACUAACGGCCGAUGCACUGGCGCCCAAUGUGGAGUUCAUCUACAAAAUCAAGACGCGAGCACCACUGCAAACUGCCACGGUGAAGACCGUCUCCAAGCCAUACACACUGCCACUGAAGAGCAGCGCCCAUGCGGAGCACUUCGAUCACAAUGCGGCACUGAAGAACAUCGAGGAGUUCGAUCUAUCGCAUGUGGUCACAACACCGGAACAAGAUGAACGCCUGCUGGGACCCGCGACGAACAAGCCACACAAACUUUAUUUCAAUUCAGAGAUUUAUCACGACAUCAACUCGCUGCCCUACAAGCCGGAGAAGCUGCGUGGCGGUGGUGGUGCUGGUGGACCCGAAUACAGGCACAAGCUGAAGGCAGCCGCUGAACUGCAUCCGGACUACAAGGGCUAUACGGGUUACUUUGCUGAGCCAGCACCCAACCCGAGCUCAAUGGAAUCGGACAAGCAGCUGCCAAGUGCUGUGGGCGGCGAAAUGGGCGGCACCGGUGGCCCCGACGAUGGCUACCCACUCCACAAUCCGUACCAGUAUGUGCUUAAAAAGGAACCGCUGCCGAACAAGUACGACGAUCCACAUGUCGAAAAUUGGGGCGAACAGCCGCUGCGUCUAGUGGUGCCCAAGCCAGGCGGUGUCUAUAAGAAUGGCGGUGGUUCUGUGGGCUCCAGCAGCAUGGAGUACGACAGCUAUAGCCCAAAGUUUAACCACAAUCCGGAGGGAUAUGGCUACCAGCACACCUACAAGACGCAGCUUAUACGUGGUGUCGGUACUCCAUCCAAUAAACGUGGCAAGCGGGGCGGUGGCGCCCAUCCUGCUGCUACAACAGGCGGGAACGUGACUGGCAAAAAGACCGUACGUGGCGGCAAAGGCAAGCUAGCCAAGGAUCUGGAGGCCAGUCUUUCGUUGCGACCGCCCCCAAAGAAAUAG